UCUCAGGUCUUGCUCAAGGUUAAGUUGCUACUAAGGAAUCAUUUCAGCCUAAGGAUGGCUAACGUUCCUCGGAUUCAUUUCCCCAAUCUUAUGGACUUUGUUGGUUGGCAUGGCACAUUUGUACUUGUUACUAUUGUUAUCUUCGAUCUGCUAUUGUCUUCUGUCGGCGCGGGUGACGGAUCUUGUCCUUGUACGGGAGGUGUUGCUUAUGGGACCGCCAUGCUAGGACUUCCAGCUGUCAGCAUCUUCCUUGUGGCGUUCUUUUCUUACUUUUAUCAACAUGACACCCAAUCACCAUGGAAGGACCUUAAAGCCUACUUCAAGUCUAAACAGCCAUGUUCUUACCCCCCGAGAAGCAGAAACUGGGAAAURCACUCGGGCGUUUUUCAUCAGUGCACCGAGUGCCAAGGAAGAUGRUAUAAAAUCAAGAUUACCAUAUCGUUCUUUGUCUCCUUCGUAUACCCGAUGCUCUGGCUCGCACUGGGGUUUCGUAAGUCGACGUAUUACGCAUGCGCGCGCGUAGGCCCCAACCCUCAUGGCAUCCUAUAUUAUUGUGACAACUUAAGCCCACCUGACUCGUAUGAAAAGAAUUACACUUUGGCUAUUUCCAAGUCUCUUCUUGUUGGCAACGUCUUGCUGGUUGUCGUGAUUGUUUUAGCAUCGGCACUCUUCAUUACUUAUCGCGUAAUAAAAAGUAAAAUAUUGGAGAGUGAUGACGUACAAAUCGAAGAUAACUACGAUCAAGAAAGGCCUCCGCAGGCUCCCAUUAACAACUUCGGCCAUAGCAACGAGGGAGUGGUCAUUCCUGGUUCUCAUGAUCAAAUGUCAAGUCCCAUCACGCGUUCCACCGAGGGACCAUCGCCUGCGUCCGGAAUGGGGUACGAGGGCUUUCGGGAAAGAACAGGGGAUAUGAGCCGCGGAAGAGCUUCAUCAAGAGAUGUGCAUGAGCCUUUGAUUAAAGUCGAGGACUAGAACAAGACAUCUAAGGCAUCUACCAAGCGUAACAACGCAAUAGAAUUACUAGGAAUGGACGCUUAGGGGAGGGAAGGAGG